CAUGAAUAAAAUGUGGGGUAGGAAUAGAUUAUUAAAUUUUAAGGCAUUCAGUAAAUAAUUGUAUAUAUACGUACAAGAGAUUAAAAAACAUAGCAAAUGAUAUUAGAAAAGAUUUUAGAGUCAUUGAAAGACAAAAGAGUAUUUACAAUUUAAAUAUUGAUUACAAAAUACGAUUAAAAUAAAUUUGUUGAGAAAGUAUUAGGUUUAACAAUGCUUACAUUUGAUAUUAGAGAUCAAUAAAAUAAAGUAUAGAUGUAUAGAAUCAGAGUAGAAUCAACUAUUUGAAGAUCCU